AUGUCUUCACUACCUACGGACUCUUUCAAAAUUUCCAUCACAACUACAACCACAACCGAAUCGAAUAAUAAUAUUAUAACGUCACAACCUACCAGUUCUCCUGAACCUGAAAAUGCAAAUUCAUUAGGCGUUGAAACUCCUGAGAAAAUAACGAAACAUGCUUCUCAAAUAUCUUCUAUAUAUACAAAUCAAGAGUUAAACCGAUCAGCAACGUCGUUAUCAACUGUUGACUAUAUAGUUCCUUCAAAUGAUCCAAGAAGUUCAACACAAAUAUUCAAAUUACAAAAUAUUGAUUAUUCUGCAUUUUCAGAUAUAAGUCCGUUGGGUGAUGGUAAAAGUAUUAAAAUUUUUGUAUCAACAUGGAAAAAUGAUAAAGAUAUGAGUAGAGUUGCUUUAAAGAAAGUUGAAUCACUAGUAGCUUUUUCACAAGCACUUAAAGAGGACCCUAAUGAAGCUAGUGAAAAUAAAUCUUUGGUUGAUAAUAACAUACUUUCAAUAUUUGGUUAUAGUCAAAAUCCUGAAAGUAGUGAUUAUUUUAUGAUAUUACAAUAUACUGAUGGUGGAAAUUUACGGAAUUAUCUUCAAGAAUACCAUUCAAAACUUUCUUGGACUGAUAGAAUAAGAUUAAUUAUUAACAUAGCAAGUGGUUUACAAUACAUACAUAAUCAUGAUAUUGUUCAUCUAUCAUUGUAUCCACAAAAUAUACUUGUUCACAAUGGGCAACUCAUGAUUUCGGAUCUUGGAAUCUCUAAAUCAUCUAUACCUAAAAAAUCUUCUGUAAUCCCAACAUUACCUUAUAUAGAUCCAAAUUAUUUAGCUUCUCCAACUACGUAUCCGCGUGAAAAACAUUUGGAUAUUUAUUCACUAGCUAGGUUAGGAAGAUUAAAACUUGAUCCUGUUUGGGUUGAUAAUGAUGAAAUUGCAGGCAAUGGUGGAAAAAAGAAAUUGCCUACUGUAGAAUAUAAUGAUGAUAUUAAAGGGAUUAUUCUGGAGAGUAAGCAAGCUUUUGGAACUGGAAGUGUUAGUUUCUCUAAUGGAAAUAUUAGUUCAAUUAGGGAUGUUGAAAUUAAUGAAAAUGAAAUUUAUGGCGAAGAAGAAGAUAUUGAAAAAGGUUGCAUUCGAAGACGUCAUAAAUUUGGUAUAUUUAUAUGUUGGAUAGUAAUAUUUUGCACUGGUGCCUUUUCUAUUUUCUUCUUUGCUGUUAUAAAAUUUGCUACUAGUAAGAGUUAA